AUGUGGUACGACCAGACAAUAGAUGGGGACUAUACUGCAUUGGCAGUUCACUCCGCCUUCCCCGCUCUAGCCGCCGCGAACAAAGAUGGGAGAGUCGAUCUAUUUGAUGAGGAAGGUCAAAAGCGUCCACAGGCGGAUAUCUGUCGAGUGCCAGGGAGUGUAAUAUUGAGGUGGCAUCCAUCCCGAAAGCUCCUAGCCAUUAGCUGGUCAAAUGGUGUGAUUGAGUUUCUUUACACUCUCAAACUUGUGGAGGCUGAUACAUUCCAAUCAGGCACUGUUGGCAUAUGGUCCGAUGCAGAAGCGGUCUUGCGAGAGGGGAAUGUUCACGGAUCAAGUAUAACUGUGGUUGAGUGGAGUCCAUUAGGGAACCGGCUUGAUGGUGAUGUGGUAGUGUGGAAAGUGGAUCCUCGGGGUAGACUCUCCAUCUUGUGCCAGUACCGCUUGCACAACAGUAUUACGCAUUGCAUUUUUCGCUCGCAUCGGCAAGAGUUGGACUUGCGUUCAGGCACUUCUCCCCCAUUUUUCCUCUCAACCACUAAUGGCUCCAUUCACUACGCCGAUGAUAUGGGUCACUGCACAGAAAGCGCGUCAACCACCUCACAAAUCGCCACGUUGUUAAUGUUGGAACAUAAAGAUAUGGUCGUAAUCAUUACCAACGACCUUUUACUUCACCAGUAUAGUCUGGCAAGUGACGGAAAGAUGACACAGGAGUCCCAGAUGAAACUGAGCACAUCCGCUAAAGCCGACAACAGAGCUGUAAUUGCUACUUGGGCUGGUCCCGCGAUACUCGCACUUUCUGUUGGCGGACAACCUAUUUGGAUUUGGGAUAUUGAAAACGAGGAAAAUAGUGUCCUGAGUAUGACAGGAAUGGAGAAAGUUCGCAUCAAUUGCAUAGCUUUUAGUAAUUCUAGAAACAUGCUUGCUGCCGGCACCGACUCUGGCCAUGUGAUGAUGUGGAAGGCCCGUUAUGUUCCUGAAGCCGAAGGCAUGGGUGUACAAACAUGGGAGCCAAUAAGUAAGACCAAUCUGGGUGGUGCUGUGGAAGGGAUUGCCUGGGGUGCACAAUCUGGGCUUUUGGGGGCUCGUAAACGGUCGGGCUUGAAAAUCCUCACGGAGCAGGUACUCCGCAAAAAGCUCUGGGGAAGAAAUGCCAUUGUACAGGUGGAGCAAAGUAAAGUUAUCAUCUAUCCUGGGGGAAAGAGGCCGAUUGCGCGCACAGUUGAUCUUCGCAUCAAAGGGCUGGCCCUUUCGAGAAAUCUCUUUGCUGUAUGGAGUGGUACGACAAUUGAGGUCCAAGAAUACUCGGAUGCCGGGCAACCAAUACGAAACCUGGGCUCAGUAGCUAACAGUGAUCAAUCACUUGACCUUCCCCUGACUGCAAGUGGAAACCGGCUGGAUUAUUUCCUCGCUUCUUGGAAUGACGGAGAGGAUAUUGGAGGUGGACCAAUGUCUGUGGCUAGUGCCACGUUUGCGGCGGAGAGCAAUAUAAUAAAUCUCGACGACCAAUUUAUUUACGUUGCAAAGUCUAAUCGAGUGGACGUUUGUAAUCAUCAAGGGGUGACCAAGUCUGUCCUCAGCCUUCCAGAAUCUGAAGGCGAUAUCACUUUGAUCGAGACAGUUCCAUCCCUCCUCCUCAUUACGACUUCCCGAAACUAUCUGAAACUGUUCAGCACGUCGCACCGGGAACCAAAGCAACUAGUCUCCAAGCGGAUUGACGACGCCCUUGGUAUACAUUCAAUUGCAUCGGCCAAAUGUAAUGCCAAUGGAACAAUGAUCAGUUUCUUAGCGUGCGUCCCAGUCAAGGGCGCGACCCAGCUGCAGCAAUUUGACACCAAGGUCUAUGUCUAUGAUGUCGAGAAAGAUGUCAUACUAGCGUUUGACAUGAAAGAACAUGGUCAAAUGCCGGUGUCUCAUUUCUGGGACUGGGAAGACCCGAGGAUUCUUGUGUGUCAAAGCGAAGGAUAUGCAACACCAUCCCAAGACACAGGACCAGACACGCUGACAACAGCUGCCCCGACCUCCCAGAUUGUCUCCUUUUUCGUAACUUCUGACUACGGAAUAACGUUACAUGACAUAACCACAACUAUUCCCAACUCCGAUGCCCUCUUUGGGAUAUAUAUGCCAUUUCUCUAUUACAUUAAGGGAAGUACGCAAGAAGAACCGGAUGACAUGAAUAUGGUGUCCAGCGUAGUAGCGCGUGACUUUGAGGGUUUGGAAAACACCGAUACGGCCACAAUGAAAGCGAUGAUCGAUUUCAGCUUUCAUAUCGCCGUUGGUAACAUGGAUGAAUCCUUAAAGGCUUUGAAACUCAUUAAAAGCACAAACGUCUGGGAAACCAUGGCUAAGAUGUGUGUAAAGACCAAGCGGAUCGAUGUGGCAACCCUGUGUUUAUCGAACAUGGGAAAUGCGAAAGCCGUUCACGCGCUGCAUCAAGUCGAUCCAACUGGUCCACCGGAAUUGAAGGCCGCCAUCGUUGCAUUGCAUCUGGGUAUGAACGACGAUGUUGAGUCCUUGUAUCUUUCUUGCGGCCGAUAUGACCUCCUUAAUCGAUUCUAUCAGGCAACCUGUCAAUGGGAAAAGGCGCUUCAAAUUGCCGCAACCCAUGACCGCAUCCACCUUCGAUCGACCUUUUACAAUUUUGCCUGCUACUUGGAGGAGUUGGGCGAUACGAGUGGUGCAGUGGCGGCAUUCGAGAAGUCUUUUACACAUAGUUUUGAAAUUCCUCGCAUGCUACUUGGAAAAAAUGAAGUUCCAGAACUCGAAAAGUAUAUUACUACUUCUGAGAACAAGCUACUGAAAAAAUGGUGGGGCCAGUUUUCCGAAUCCCAUGGGGAUUUGGACUCUGCAUUGCGAUAUUACGAGCUGGCUGGCGAUACACUAUCGAUAGUGCGGAUACACUGUUUAUCGGGAGACAUUGAGCGGGCAAUUGAUAUCGCUGAGAAAGCGAAUAGUCCGGCUGCUGCAUACCACAUUGCACAUUAUUUUGAGACAGAAUCCAAGCUAGCGGAUGCCAUCUCAUUCUACGCGAAAGCGAAAUGUUACAACCAUGCCAUUAGGCUCGCAAAAGAGCACCGAUUGGAUAAUGAGCUGAUGCAUCUAGCAUUACAAGCCUCUCCGCAGGCUCUGGUGGAUGUUGCAAGAUAUUUCGAGAAAUCGGGCAAACAUUUGGAAAAGGCAAUCAGCCUGUAUCACCGCGGGGGCAAUCUGGGCAGGGCAAUUGACCUGUGCUUUCAAACAAAUCAACCUGCUAUGCUGGAGGAUAUAGAACAAGACUUUGAUAGUAACACCGAUCCAACUGUUCUCCAAAAAUGCGCUUCAUUCUUUAUCCAGAAUUCCCAGUUCGAGCGCGCAGUUCGGCUUUUAAUGUUGGCUCGAAAAUUCGAUGAGGCUUUGGAUAUUUGUGCUACACAUGGCAUUGUUGUCACUGAAGAGAUGGCGGACGCAAUACCAAUCCCCGCGAAUGAUGACCAAGACCGAUCCGCGAAAGAAGCCCUGCUCAGAGUAGCGGACUGUUGCAUGGAGCAAGGAUCAUAUCAUCUCGCGUGCAAAAAGUAUACUCAGGCUGGCGACCGGAUGAAAGCUAUGAAAGCACUGUUGAAGUCCGGUGAUACAGAGAAGAUCCUAUUCUUCGCCAAUGUGUCCGGGCCCAAGCAACGUGACAUUUUCGUACUAGCAGCUAACUACCUACAAACAUUAGACUGGAGAAAUGAUACACAAAUUAUGAAAGCAAUUAUCACGUUUUACACAAAGGGCAAAGCUUUAGAGUCGCUCGCCGCGUUUUAUGAAGCUUGCGCUCAGGUUGAGAUUGAUGAAUACCAAAAUUAUGAGAAGGCUUUGGCUGCUUUGAAAGAAGCAUGGAAGUGUAUGACAAAACUGAAAGAUCAGAGCUCCCCUAAUACCAUCCUCCGAAGUCGGUCACUGACACAGAAAAUCGACUGUGUCAGUCAGUUUGUGGAAGCCAGACAAUAUGCAAAAACAGAUACUGUAACAAUGUUCAAAAUCUGUGAAGAGCUGUUGCAUGUUUCCGAUAUUGAUGACGCAGUUCGUCUGGGGGAUAUAUUUGCUCUAAUGAUUGAAUCGCAUUAUGCCAACGGGUAUUAUGACCAAGCCCGAAAUCUUCUCGACAGGAUGCGGAGGAGUGUCGCAAAUAUCAAUGUCGAAUACUAUAUUGAUGGGCGGAUGGUCCAAGCAUUAGAACAUCCUGGAGAAGAGCAACGAGGUAGCGGCGGCGGGGACGAGGUGAUAGACGAAGAGAUAAUGAACGGGGAAUAG